GGUGUAUCCUUCAGAGUUUGGUAUGUAUUGCAAAACCCUCCCUCCCUCUCAGUGCUCUGCAGCAUGCCAAAUGCACUCUCACAGCUGAGAUUAAACCAUGCUAAUGUGAUAACUGGGGGAAAAUUUGAUUUUCUCUCAACACUCCGGACAAGGCUCUCAGUUGCUCCUCAAGAUUAUUUCGGAUGUGUCCUGCACAUGCAUGCUGUGUUUUUUUCUGCUUUGAUUUCUUCAAAAACAGAGAACAAUAACUGCUUUUGCUCCUGCUUUUGAAAACCAGCUGAGCAAUGUUUCCAUAUUAUUUCUUGACUCUACAAGUUUUGCUGUCAGUCCAUGCACAGCAACAGCUACCAGGAUCCUGCACUUUUGAGCACAGCACUUGUGGUUAUAAAUCAGACCCUGCAAACUUGAAAUGGGUUCUUAAUGAAGAAGGGCGCUUCAUCUCUGCGGACUUGGCCUUUGCAGCAGGAGUUGAGAAGGCUGUACUUAUAAGCCCUGACCUGGAACUGCUUCAGUGGAGCUGCCUGAGGCUCGUCUACCAGAUCUCUGGCUCGGGCUCCUUGGAGAUGCACCUGAGGCCGGAAGGAGAGAGCUUUGACUACCUGCUGUGGUCAGCAAACCAGCCCUCUGACAGCUGGCUCAUCGCCAGUGUGGACCUCAGGAACAGCUCGAGCUCACAAAAGAUUUUAAUUGAAGGCAGACCUGGGAAAGAGACAGGCAACAGUGUUGCCAUCUUUGAAAUACACAUUGUGCCUGGAUACUGUAUUGAGUGUAACUUUGAAGAACACCAUCUCUGUGGCUAUAUAAAUAUCUGGAACCCCAAUGUGAAUUGGUACGUAGGUGGGAGUGUUGCAAGGGAUUCCGAGUCCAAUCUGCCUGACGACCACACAAUGAGCAACCAAAGAGGUCACUACAUGUAUGUGGAUUCGGUUUAUGCCAAGAACUUCCAAGAAGUAGCUCAGCUUAUGUCACCCAUAAUGACCACACCUAUGUCAGGCUGCUUGUCCUUCUACUACCAGCUGGAUCAAGAGAAAGGCAAUAUUUUCUCUGUGUUCACAAGAGACAAACUGGGUCAUUAUGAGGAAAUCUGGAGACCUGAUAUUUAUACCAAGUCAGUUUGGAAGUUAGUACAAGUGGACAUUAAAGCACCUCAUCCAUUGGAGGUUGUUUUUGAAGUCGCCUUCAACAGCGCCAGGGGAGGAUAUGUAGCUCUUGAUGACAUUUCUUUCUCCCCUGAAUUCUGCAGCACUGAGACAGAACCUUUCUUUGAUCCUUCGAUUGCCAGCUGUAACUUUGAAGAAAGUUUUUGUCGGUACCACCAGGAGCACAUGGAAGGCUCUGUAUGGAACAGAGUUUCAGUACGGCCUAAUAUCUACAGGAUAGGAGAUCAUACAACAGGCUCAGGAUCGUUCUUAAUGGCCAACACCAGAUAUACAUCACGACCCGGCUACGUGGGGCGGCUGUACGGACCCUUCCUGCCAGGAAACCUGAAGUACUGUCUGAGGUUUUUCUAUGCGUUGCAUGGCUUCAUGAAAGUAGACAAUGUCCUGGCUGUGUACAUCUAUGACGAGAACAAUAUCGCCCAGGAGAAAGUCUGGACAGUGUCUGAAGGUUCGAGAAGUGUCUGGACUGAGGUUGAGGUCACCUUCCAAAAGCCGAUGCCAACUAAGGUGGUUUUUGUCAGCAUAUGUAAGAAUUUCUGGGACUGUGGAUUGCUGGCACUUGAUGACGUCACUGUGAGUCUUGGAGACUGCAGAGUUUCAGCAGAGUUGUUCCCUAUGGCUCCCGGACAAUGUAAUUUCGAGGUGGAUGACUGUGGAUACACACAGGACAGUAACGACAGAGGAAACUGGUUUCGAUUGAGAGGACAGACGCCUACAUCCUACACUGGACCUAAAGGAGAUCACACCUCAGGGGUAGGAUACUACAUGUACAUUGAAGCUUCCCACAUGGUUCCUGGGCACCACGCCCGUCUCUUGUCAAAGGAGCUGCGCGGCUUUCUUAAUCGGCAGUGCCUGGUGUUUUAUUACCACAUGUAUGGGUCAGGCACCGGCCUGCUGAGUGUGUACUUGAAGAAGGCUUGGGAGAGAGGAGAGACGCUCCUCUGGAGGAGGAGAGGCGAGCAGAGCAUCUCUUGGAUGAAGGGAAUGGUGGAAUACGAGUGUGAUCACAAUCACCAGAUUGUUUUUGAAGCAAUCCGGGGAAUAUCAAUAAGAAGCGAUAUUGCUAUUGAUGACAUUGGUUUUCAAAAAGGACCGUGCAAAGAAUUGGAAGAAACAACAGUUGCUUAUUCUGGAUUCUCAGAAAACUUCAAUGAUAUUGAUUACUGAAUGUUCCAUGGACUUGGAGGAUGAAGGGACAGUACAUACAGUACAUUUAAACCUAAGUGAUUAAUGUGUUUGAAACUACUACACAAAUACAGCCUCACAGAGAGAGAUGCACAUCUCCUCUUUAUGUAAUAUGGAAUUUCCACAGUCUAUGCAGUAUACCCUAGUCCAGAUGUUUAAAAAGUAACUUGCACCUAGCGCCCGCCUUAAAACUUAAAAAAACACCACUUCUUUCUAAUGACCCAUGCAUUAGCAUUGGAGCAGUCAUGUUUUCACCACAUAAUAAAAUAAUUACACUUUAAUGCUUUUGACCCAAACGUCUCUCCUAGACUGGAGUGUAGAACUGUAGUGUUUUAUCUGCACGUCAGACUGAAACCAUCUGUUGACUAAAACAAAUAAAUUGAAGCAACGUAAUGGAAACAAAUGAAAAUGAGCCUGUAGAUUAACGACAUGUGCCAUGUUCAGAAUCUUUUGUGAGGAAACGUGGCAUCAGCUUCCCUCUUCACCCUUUCGUGCCUGAAUUACCCCUAAAUAAAAAGCUAGAUGGGGCAUUCUGCUCUGCCCCCAGUUAAGGGAACAGAGUGCAAGCUUAUUGAUUACCUUCAGUGUUUUUCAGCUUUCCAUGUUGCCAGUACAGUACAAAAUACAUUUGUAUAUAACGGCUGCAUGAUAACAGAAAAUAGGAACCAGCAGACGAAAAGAAAAAUAAUUGUGUGAUUUUAGGAUGAACAAUACAUUUAUGCACUGACCCGGGAGAAUUUUUGUAUGUAAAGAGUUUUUAUUGCGUAUGUACAGUUUUUCUUUCCUUUGUAUUGUUACCUUCAGACACCUCACUGCCACCGGGGAGGAUGUGGUCUAGCUGUCAGAGGUUUACCCAUAUGCUAGAUAAAUUCUGUUCCAGGUGCUGUAGUGAGUAGAGCAAUUCUAAUAGCAACAGUAGAGCUGCACUGCAUACAGAUACCUCUGGCUCCUUUUCUCCCAGCUGUAUUCUACUAUGACCUGAAUUCAUUCAAAGAGGGUUACGCUUUUAACUUGUGCCUCUCAUGUCCUUCAUGAAAGUACAGUCCAAAGGUUUCUACAGUAUGUCAAUGAUAGAUUAGUGCAGUAUCCAGUGAUACAGUUUUGUCAGGCAAGAAAAUGGAACAAAAUAAUUCAUAACUAGGAUAAAUUGUGUUGGGAUGUCGAAUCUCAGAGUGGACCUAGACAGAGGUGAAACACACCAAGUCAUUGUUGGUCAGUUUAUAAGAAUUAGACACAACAGAACUGUGCAACAUAAAAUAAAACCUCUUUGAAUUGAAGGACAGUAUCUAUCGAUCAAGAAAAUGUAAAGGAAAAAAUCUGGAAACAGCCCUGAUUUUCAAAAUUGUAGGUUUAAAGGUCUGAAUCGGUGGGAACGAAAGAGUGAAUUAUGGACCUUGCUGGUGUAAGUCACAGAAGUAAAAAUGCAAUCACUGUGCAAAUGUACUUCUUUUCUUCUAUCUAUCACCAGCAAGCUUGCUGCAGCACUGCCUUGGUUUCUACAAUUAAAUGAGUGAUUUUGUGUGUGA